CAUUAAUCUGUUUUACUGCUUACGACGUCUCAUCCGGUGUUUAUUCAUAAUCCAUGGGAGUUAUGAGACGGAUCAGGUGUCGCAGUUCCACCAUCACACCACACGGCGGCACUAAUUGAACAAUUAAAGUGUUAAAUGUAAAAUUAACUAUAAUGGACCUGAUAUGUUUCACACUAGUAAUAAAUUGUUUUUAUUUGUAUUGAUUACAUCCAUUUAACAAAAGAAAAUAUUUGUAUAUAUGUAUGUAGCCUAUACAUGAAUAUUUUACAGUGGGCCUAAAGUCUAUAUAUUUGCACGCUUUGCAUACUUAUGAAAGAGAUAUGAAAGGUAAGCCUGCGAUUAAAACGGGAAAGGGAGGUCGUAAUGAUUAUUCGUCUCCUGAAACAAAUGAAACCAAGUGACUUUACUUAACUGUAAUUAAAAGUAAAGUUGCUUAAUGAAGAUCUCGUCUGUUUUUUAUUAUAGUAUUUUAUUUUGUGAAAUGCAAAUUCUCAAAACAAGCACACCCUCUCACAAGGUUUCCCGGGUUAAGCGUCGACGCGUCUCCGUGUCUUUUAAUCAGCCUUAUCGCGCGUUAUAUGACGUCACACAUCUCCCGCCCCGCGCGCCCAGCCUCAGCACCAGCAGCGCCUCGCCUCGCCCCUCCAGGAAGGUCACGUGAAGACUGCAGGCCAUCACAACAAAAGACCCCCCUCAAGCGAGCCGUAUCCCACCUAGCCUACCUACCUGCCUGCCAAGAGACAUCCCCUGUGUGCCCCCCGUCCCCCGUCCCGUCCCCCCCCCCUCCCGAGUACCGGUCCCGUUUACGCCGUUAUGUCUCUGGGUGACGGUUCGCUCUCGCCAUGCCUGCGGAACGCCACCAACCCCACCUGCUACUGUUGUUGUCGGUGGUCUGGAGCGGGAUCCUCUGCCGCGACACGGAUCCGGUGAGCGCGAGCCUCCCCUUACCCUCCGAGGACAAUGCCAGUAGCAGCAUCCCUCCUCCGAACACGACCUACCCGGGACACCGGAGCGCGGAGCCCGGGUCUCCACCCCAGCCAGAAGCCCGGUUCGCCCUGAAGGCCCUGGUGCGGGACCUGUCCACCCGCCGCCCGCUGCCCGGGGCCACGCUGGACGUCUACGCCGGCCGCGCCCUCCGGGCCAGCGCCAGGGCCGGCCCGGCGGGCGAGGCCCUUCUGUGGCUCCCCUACGGGCCCCGGCUCCACCUCACCCUGCUGGCCCGCGCGGAGGGCUACGUGCCCACCACGCUGCCCUGGGAGACCGCCAGGAGGCCGCUGUUCUCCGCCGUCACUCUGGGACUCCUCCCGCAGAACCACGGAAACAUCUGGCUGUUCGAUGACUCCCUGAUCAUCACGGCAAAGCUGCCAGACAGUUCUUCUCAGCCCAGCGUGAAGUUCCCGAAGGACCUGCUGACGCUCGCCGGGAACGCCAGCAUCUCCUCGUUGAGCGCCUACCUGACGGUGCCAAUGCACCACCUAGCGAGGGACUGCGCCAACUGCACCCCCGCCAUCGUCGGCAACCAAUCAGCCUACAGGAACACGGAGCUGAGGCCGACGGCGGCCCUCAGCAUCCGGCUGUGCUCCGGGGCCGACGAGCUUCAGGUCAGGGGCCCGAUCCACCUGAGUCUACCCCUCGGACACAACACCGGCCUCAGGCCCGCGGACACCCUGCCCGCGUGGGCCUUCAGCAGCCAGACAGGAGCCUGGGAACAGCAGGGUCUGGGGAUAGUGCAGAGGGUCGACGGCCACUUGGUCUGGACCUACACCGCCUCCCACCUGGGCUACUGGAUCGCCGCGCCCUUGCCCACUGAUUACAGGGGACUCGCAGGUUCUAUCGACUUCUUGUCCGACCACAACUUCCUGCUGGUCGGCCUCUUCGGGGCGACAGUCGCCGUCAUCAUGGGCUUCCUCACGGUCCUGGUCUGUCACUGCGGGAGUUCUCAGCGGGCGCCGAGGCAGCGGCGGCGACGGCGAGCUCGCUUCUCCAAGCUGACGGUCCUGAAGAAGGACCAGACCACGUCGACCCACAUGGAAGAGGGCCUGUCGUUCCAGUCCGGCGAGCACGGCGGCCGGCCCCCCCACCACGGCGUCCCCUGUGACCCCUCCUCCACGCCCAGGCACAUGGCCAACUACAACAUCUACGUGGAGGACCCCGGGGUCCGGUCGGCCGCCCAUCACUACCAGAACCUGGCCUCCUCGGACCGGAGCAAGGGCCCCCACGCUCAGUCCCACUACAUCAACGGUGACCAGGUGGCUCGGCUCCAGGAGACGUCGGACCACCAGAAGCCCGAUCUGUUCUUCCAGGACAAGCUGGUCCACCUCUACAACCAGCCCGUGGCCAUCAUCCAAGCCACCGAGCUCUUCGGCUGUCCGGAGCCGAAAGGCUCUGCCACCUUCCCCCGUAACGGAGGAGAGCACGACCCUAACCUAGAUCCGGCGAGGAAAGGGGGCUUCCCCCAGACUCUCCCCAAAGGCCACCAGACCCAGUCCGGAGACGACCCCCGGCAGCCUGACCAAGACGACCCCCAGCCCCUGCAGACGCCUCCCCAGGGCCAGGGCCCCAACGCCAACGUCUGGGGCCUCUACAACAACAAGAACAACCUCCUGGAGUCCUCGGUGUCGGUGCCCGGGACGCUCAGCGAGGCGGCGGCGGGCAUGGGCGCUCCGGGCGAGCUGCAGGGCGUCUCCGAGCGCACCCUGCUGGAGCUGGGCAGCGGCAAGGCCUCGGCCGUGCCCCCCCGGGCGUGGUUCGUCUCCCUGGAGGGCAGGCCGGCCGCCAGGGUAAGGCACUCCAUCAUCGAGCUGAGCGGCCCCCGGCGGCCGACCAGCAGCAACGACACCAGCCUGGACUCGGGCGUGGACAUGACGGAGCCCCUGCCGCGGCGGAGUGUCAGGGCCUCGUCGCUGCCCCACCGCACCCGGGCCGCUCGCUACGGCGAGGAGCCCGACCUGAGCAGCAGCGAGAGCGGCACCACGGCCACCUGCACGCCCGAGGACCCGUCCCUGAGGAACAUCCUGGACGGCAGCGUCGGCGCCAUACCCGACAUCCCCGAGGAGAGGGACGGCCCCGGCACCUCCGGCGCCCGGGAGGACAGCGAGUCCCGGGAAACGCCGCCGCCGCGCCGCCUCCGGAAGGUCCGGGAGAAGGGCCGGACGGAGAAGGGGAGCGCCAAGCAAGGGCACCGGCCGAUGAGCAAGCCCAGCUAGGAAGACUCCCCCCCUCCCCUGCAUGGUCCGACGGCAGUCUCCGACCCAAACCCCCAUGGCGUUUCACACAGGUAUCUUUGUUGGGGUUUUCGGGAUUGUACAACCUUGCCAAAGAGUUCCUGAGUUAGGAUGUAGCUUUUCCGUUGAUUUUUCCUUUUUUGUUUACGGACCACGGCUGUCUUCCCGUGCUUCUGCUAACACCCCGUCGCUCACCAGCCCCUUGCUGCACACCAGAGCCCCCCCCCCCAGUAUGUCCGCGACACCCCACCUUGCGUUUACUUCAGACCACGAACAGCAACAAUUAAGGCCAAAGGAUUGACUGCCAUUUCACGGACUGUGUCGUUGGUCCUAGUGCACUUAAUCCUCACCAGAAUUGCCUGCUGAUGGUCAGUGGAUUAUAUCGGAGCCCAUCUGAUUCUGUGGGCUGUACUGCCUCUCUUUCUAGACCACUGAGAAUCAAAUGUCCAAAUAUAAGCACCAGUGCUGCCAGUAAUCCGAGACUCCGGGAUGUCCAGUUCAGGAAGACAACUGCUGAGUGGCACUGAUGUUUGGAAUUGUAUUUUCACGAGCUGAACAUAACGUUAAAUAAGUCCCCUCUCACAGUGAUCGUUAGCGGGUUUGUAAAAGUUAAAACGACGGGCCCUCAAGAUUGUCUGACGACCUCAUUGAAAUAUUCAACUGAAAGUAGCGUCAUAUAGAAUAAAAUAUAUUAUCCCAUAAUAUGAGACUCUUAAUUAUCAACUUCAAAUCAGGCUCUUUUUUUGCCGGAAUCCGGUCCUGGAAGGUUUCUCCGCUCCAAAGUCCUCUCGACAGAGCAUGACUUUGUUCCCAAAUGCAUGGAAGCAAAACUGGUGUAUUGUUUGGGACUGCCGUUCAGAAACGCUGGGUAUCUGCUGUUGUGCUACUGGUUUCACGUCGAGAUGAUGUCACUUCACCGAUUUCAUCCUGUGGCUAGGACUAGGGAGCACUGCUAAUUGUUCUCUCAACCAAUCGGGUGUCGGCCUUGAUGGUGGUCGUUAAUCCAGUCCAAUCACGGUCAAGAAGGUCUCCACUUGAAACACUUGAGUAAACACUGCACCCAUAGCUUCAAUCAAUACAUAAUCAAGAUAUUGAUCAACGACACGAGGACAGCAGAGGCAUGCAUCGUUUUAUAGGGCGCUUGAGCAAAAUGUACUAAAGUUUACGAUACAUUUUAAUGACGAUAUAAUUGUGACGUUUUUACAAGGACACAGAGACACAACAGGUCUCCAGUAGAUUUUGAUAAUUAACUUUCUACCUGAGAGCGUCUCUGAGUCAAACUUCUAGAUCCGUCCUGCCCCUUGAACAAUGUGCUCAGGCAAACAGUGCACAGUACACUUUAAAACGCCUUGCUCAUACACCUGCAUCGUGCAUUAGAAUACCUUAUGUCCAUCUCCAUUGUGUCGCCUUUGAUUCACCAACAAGUUUACCACAUUCUAGAUAUAAAAUUGACAUUCCAGUAAGAAACUCAGUUAACUGCAUCAACAAAAUGUAUUAUUCUAGCAAUAUUACCCCAGUAAUAAAAUUCUAAAUAAAACCCAAAACCUGCCAUAUUUAGUCUUCCUAAACUGUAUUAUUCCCUUAAUUCGUUAAAAUAUAACUUAUUUGGCUGGAUUGUAGCCAUUUUAUGUAUAUACAUGCCUUAUUUUAUAUGUACAGACUUGAAUAAUGUAGAUUGUGACUGUGGUUAAUAGUUUUGUGCCUACUGUUUUUGUUUUUAAAGACUGUUGUGUUCAGUUGUGUACGACGAUAUUGUUACCUGACUGCUGAGUCCAGUGAAUGGAUGCUGGUUAAUGCAUUUGGGGAUUCGCUUGAGAAGGAAGUCCACUCUGACAAAGUGUGCGGCAUUCUUCAUACUUUAAAGGUGACAUAGUAUAUACCACCAGGUGUGAGUGAGAUUAGCCAUUACAAGUCGUUUUGAAAUUCUGCCUCUUCUGACAUCAGAAGUGGGUGUGUCCACCUAGAUGUGUGCUUGAUAGAACAGUCUACCAGCCUACCCUGUGGACCGUAGCAAUCGUUGCUCAUCCAUCCGUCGUACAUCUAGGUGGACAGGACACACCAACUUUUGAUGUCGGAAGAGGAUGAUUUUCAUAACGGCUAUUCACACCCACAGCUCGUGGCAUGAUAUGGGACCUUUAAUGUAGCAACAGGUCCAGUUUGGACCCAUUCACCACUUUGAAUGUAUAGAUAACACACACCUGUUGCUAAUGUACCAGCUCAGCCUAAACUAAAAAGACACUGUACCCACCAACCUAGCACUAUGAGGACACUGCACAUGCUACGCUAGCAGUAUGAGGAAACUGCUAAGCUAGUGCUAUGGGGAAACUGUAAAUGCUAAACUAACGCUACAAAAUAUCCUGUUUUUGCUAACCUAGCUCAAUGUGGCCACCACAUCUGCUAAACUAGAGUAUGUUUUUUUUCUGUUCCGGCUUAGCUAACACUACAAGGACACUAGCAGCUAGGCUAGCACUCUGUACCUGCUAAUCUAGUAGAGUAAAACAAAGUCUGAUGCUGCUUAUAUCUGUCUUGGUUUCAUUGUGCUCCCUACUCUUCUCCUGUGAUGUUUACCGAUCCGUCCGCAGUGGGAAAGUAUUUGUGUUUAUGUCUGUUAUGACGGUUGCAAUCAGGGCUGCCGAGUUUUCAUUUGUUUGGGGCAAGCUGAAGAUGUGACUACUUACACCCAUUCCCCAAGUGUCCUAACUUCAAAUCCUUACACAAACCAUAAACAAAUCACAAGUGGUCAAUGAUCACUUCUAAACACUUUUUGACCCACACCAGACCUAUGACUGCAGUCCAACAUAACCCCCUCCAUUGCUGCUUUAUCUGCUUUUUAGUAGGCAAAACUUGAUCAACUUACUUUUUAAAUCACUGCAUGAAAACUCGAAAGUCAUGUGGAUGAUUUAUGUUCAAAACAU